AUGCCGCUAAUGAUUAUGACAAUGAGGAGGAGGCUACAGAUGCAGGGUGGUGGUGGUGGUCAUGGCGAUGGCUGUGGUCUUCAUUUUGAUAAUGGUUAUGCUGUUGUUGUUGUUGUUGUUGAGGAUGAUGAUGAUGAUGAUGAUGAUGAUGAUGAUGAUGAUGAUGAGGAGGAGGAGGAGGAGGAGGAGGAGGAGGAGUAA